AUGGCGAUCGCCAGUGAAGAUCCUCAAAAUAUCACAGAGAAUGCUAGUUACACUUCAAACCUUAGCGCCCUCUUGAGUUCUUUAUCCUCCAAGGCCUCCCUGAACAGCUUCUAUGCAGACAGUUCUAAUGGUAUUUACAGUCUAUACCUUUGCAGGGGUGAUGUUUCAAGCAAUACCUGUCAAACCUGCAUUAACAAUGCUACUCGAGAAAUCCAACGGCGAUGUGCUUCUAAUGGAACUGCAAUCAUUUGGUACGAUGAUCAGUGCAUGCUACGUUACUCGAAUAAAAACUUUCAUGGAGUUUAUCAGACUUAUCCAAGAUUAUUCAUGUGGAAUAACGAGAAUACUACAUCACCAGAUGAACAGAAUUUUGGUGCGCUCAGUUUGAUAUACACGCUGAUAGAAGAUAUUGUUCCAUAUACAGAUAUGAUGUUCGGGACUAAUCAAUCAGCGAGUCAUGAUGGGUCUCAAAAAAGAUAUGCUUUGGCGCAGUGUAGUAGAGAUAUAAAUAGUGGUGAUUGUAGUUCAUGUUUGGGAAUCUUAAGGGAUGCUGUGACACAGUGUUGCCAAGCUAAGAGAGGUUGGCGUAUUUUCGCCCCAAGUUGUAGUUUAAGGUAUGAGGAAUAUCCAUUCUAUCAGCUGCCAUCAACGCCGGUACCGGUUCCUUCUGCCCAAGUGCCAGAGCCAGUGCCCGGAGGAAAUGGAGGGAGCAAUACGACUAUUAUUGUGAUUGCUACUGUUGUAUCAUCAUUAGCUGUAGCUGUUGCUCUCUUGCUGUUCUGGUAUUUUUCAUGCUGGAAAGGGGCAAGACGAACAGGAGAAUUGCCUAUUACCGGUUAUGACAAUGGUGAACAAAUGCAUUACUUCAAUUUGACGACCAUAAGGUUAGCUACAAACAAUUUCUCUGAUGAAAAUAAGCUUGGAGAAGGAGGUUUUGGCCCAGUUUACAAGGGAAUUCUUCCUGCUGGAGAAGAAAUAGCAGUCAAAAGGCUUUCCAUGGUAUCAAAACAAGGUCUUGAAGAAUUUAAAAAUGAAGUGAUGGUCAUCGCUAAACUUCAGCACAAAAAUCUUGUAAGGUUGUUGGGAUAUUGCUUGGAAGGAGAUGAAAAGCUUCUUGUCUAUGAGUUCCUGGCAAACACAAGCCUUGAUGCCUUCCUGUUUGAUCCAAAGAAAAGUAGGGAACUCGACUGGCCAAAGCGUGCAAAUAUUAUAUCAGGAACAGCAAGGGGCCUGCAGUAUCUACAUGAAGACUCUAGACUCAAAAUCGUACACCGUGAUAUGAAAGCAAGCAAUAUCUUGUUGGAUGAUCAGAUGAACCCAAAGAUAUCAGACUUUGGCACUGCAAGAAUUUUCGGAGGGAAUCAACUUGAGGCCAACACUAACAAAGUUGUUGGCACAUUUGGAUACAUGGCACCAGAAUAUGCACUGGAGGGAAUAAUUUCAACGAAGUCAGAUGUUUACAGCUUUGGAAUCCUGUUGUUAGAAAUCAUUACUGAUGAUCCUGCACGUAGGCCAACCAUGUCAUUAGUUGUUCUCAUGCUUGGAAGUAAUGCUGUAAAUCUUCCCCAACCAUCAACAGGUCCAAAAUCUCUGGUUAAAUUUACCUCAAUCCUGUCUCAUCAGUCUUCAGCAUCUGUGUCAGGAUCAAGUUUUCUUGCAUCUGAUCAAUCUACAGCUAGUGCUUCUUGGUAG